UGUUGCGAAAUGCGAUGCAUGAACGUUGAUGUUUAAUUCGAUGUUUACUGUUGUCGUGUGCUGGGUUUUUUGGCAUUGGCUUUGUGAGUGGGCGGAAGCAAAACUUGAUCAAAAUAAUACUUGAAAGAAGAAUUACUGCAGUCCAAUCUGGUUAGUGAGAUCAGGGUUGUUCUCCCUGGUGAGAGAUAGAGCCUAUCCUAGGCUUAAAGGUAGAACAGGCUGGGUGAUAAACAUUGCUUAAUAUUGCAUUACUGAAGGUGAAGAUGGGUAAAAAUGAAAGAAGAAAAAAGCGUCUUGACAUUCACUGUUCUAAAUUUAUAAAAACAGUAGAAGUAAAAAAUAUAUUACACUGCUUCCCUAAAAUGCCAAAGGGUACAAAGGAAACCAUAGAGCGAAAAGCUGUAAUUGAAGGCAACCAGGCCGCAGCAUUUGAUUUUUAUAUGAAAGUAACCAAAGCUGACAGUGAUUGGUAUGACUAUUUAAUGAAUGCCCUGAGAGAAGAAGAAUACUUUGACUUACUAGAGCUACUCCAAGAUGAUGAUGAUGACCGGCGUACCUCAUCAUCAACUAAAACGGUGGAGCAGCCAGUUAAUUUUCCACGCCAAGAGAUGAAUCGUAACAUAUCUGUAAAUGCAGGCCAGUCUCAACAUCCUGAAAGAGAUCAAACAAACAGGCAUCAAAGCAUGCCACAGCAGGCUUCCCCGCCCCAGUCCCCUCAGGGGGCAUCCCCUCCUCAUUCCACUCAGCAAGCAUCCCCUCCUCAUUCCCCUCAGGGGGCAUCCCCUCCUCAUUCCCCUCAGCAAGCAUCCCCUCCUCAUUCCCCUCAGGGGGCAUCUCCUCCACAGUCCCCUAAACAGGCUUCCCCUCCUCAGUCCACUCAGCAAGCAUCCUCUCGCUUGCCUCCAGAGCUCUUAACAAACACAAGCCAGUAUAUAGCUAAACACCAGCCUGGUCACCCAGCUUUGGAUAUUGAACCCCAGCAGAGUACACCUUUAAGCCCUGAGGCAUAUACAAGACCAGGUGAUGACAAUCGUCAAGCAGGCAGAGAGAGUACAAGAAUAUUUCACCAAGAGCCCGAAGAAGUUACUUCCGUGAAUGAGUUGACCUUAGGUAAAGUGCAUCAAGGAGUAAGACAGGUAUUUAACAAACUAAUGAACGACAACAACGACUACCCACCCAACUGGAAGUCUUUGGCAUCUAAAUUAAAUAUGACAGUCGAUGAGGUUAACAGCAUACAAGGUGCCCCACAGCUGUAUGAAUUGUUGAGAACCAGAGGAAUGAGGUUGGUAGAGUUGGUGCAGCUUUUGAAAGAAAUGGAAAGAGCUGAUGUGGUAUCAGAAAUUGAAAGGUUUUAUGACCUCAGUGACAUGGAUCUACCAGAGCAGCCAGUUGAGAGACUGUCUCCAAAUGUUUCUCGUCAAACAAGUAAGAAGACAACUAAACGCAUGUGGGAACCACCUGAAAACAAAGAAAAAAUUAAGGUGAAAGAAAUACACAAACAACAACCAGAUCAGAUAAAGAUGAAUUCGGAUGAGGUAAAAAAUAUAGGUAAAAAUGUAAUGAAUUUUGAACCUGAGAAACAAGUUAAAAGAGAACCUGUUGUUGGGAGGUCAUCGCCUGCUAAUAUGGUUAACCCUGCCUCAAGGAAUGACUCGAAACCAAUGAUGGUAACUCCUGUAAAAGUCAGUAGCUCAUCAGCAAAUGAAGAACAGUUGACAAUGCCUUAUGUUGAUACAUCAGCACCAGCUCCUUUAAAAUCUGUCAAUCAACCGCCACUUGAUAGCUGUAUAGAGCUAAGCGGUCCAUUUGUACUAAAUUCUGUCGCAAAUGCACCGGAAAGCAUGGAAGAUCAUGUUACUGAAAAUGUUGAGCAAAAUGUAGAAGAAAUGGGAGAUGCUCAUGAAAAGGAUGAUCAUGAGGAAGAGCAUCAGGAAGAAGCAGAAAAUGAUGUUCCUAAAAAUUCAGAUUCUGAAGUGUCACCUGUAGCUUCCACGAGCAAUGCAUCUUCCGAAUCGACAAUGCCCAGCAGAGCCAGACAAUUUUUGUCUGAUGGAAUUCUUGCACUAAUUAAUAUGAACAGGCUUUGACAACUGUAACUGUCAAUUUUCACAACCAUAACUGAAUACACAAUGUAUGUACAGUAUACAGUAUUUAACUAUUUCAAAUAUUGUAACAAUUAAGAAAAGAAAAUGCAAGUAUUUUGGGUACAUAGUAAGAGCGAACCAACUGCGAAGAAUGUUAAUGGAAGGAAAAGCUGAAUGAAAGAGAAAGAGGGGAAGACCAAGAAAAACAUGGGUGAAGAAUAUAUGUGAAUGGAUGAACAAAAGCUAUGAGGAAACAGCAAGAUCAUUUAAAGACAGAAUGAAAUGGAGGAAAAUCAUGGCAUUUGAAAUCCUUAAUGGAUAUGGAACUCACUGAU